GGAAGACAGAAAGAGAGGAGGACACAAAGUCACUUCUCUAACAGCAGCAGAAGUCACAACGCAAAGAGCCUCGUCUGAAAAGUAGGCAUGGCAGUUUGGGACAAAAAGAUUCCCUGGGGCUUGGUUUUCCUCCUGGGAGACCCAGGUCACAAAGAGAAUCUGUGGUUGUCUGUCUGUGGACCAGGUGCCGUGGCUCAGACUGUGAGUGUGAACUAUCCUGGACCCGUUUGUGCCGUGGAAAGAUCGACCGUCACCCUCCUCUGCACCUUCACUCCCAUCAGCUCCUGGACUCUGGAAGGAAGAAACGUUCCACUGCAGAUCGUCAGAGUCGUCUGGUGCCAGAACCAUUUGAUCUGUCAAUCAAUCACACCGUCCGUGUAUGACAGCGAGUCAAAGAACAACGCUCCUCGUUACCUGUACCUGGGAGACAAGAAGGGAAACUGCACGUUACAGAUCAGCGAUCUGCAGAAGAAAGACAACGCCGUCCUUCGCUUCCGAAUGGAAGUAAAUCACACUGUAGGACAUUUCACUGACACAUCCGGAGUGACAGUGACAGUCGUUGACAAAACUGAAAUGAGAAUCAUCAGCUCCAGUGAUGAGGAAGUGACGACAGCGGGCCAGACUGUCACGCUGCGCUGCACGUCGAACUGCACCUUCCACCAACUGAGGGUCAGCUGGUACAAGGAUGGACACGCCCUCCAAGAGUCUGGCCUCGCCCUCCAUCUGGGCCCUCUGACUGCAGGGGAUUCUGGGAGCUACGCCUGUGGUUUGAACACCAACCCUAGGAUGCACUCCCCGCCACACACGCUGCGAGUGAAGGUCGCAGAAGGAGGCGGAGUUCUGCUGCCUCUGACAGUCGGUGUGACGCUCACCGUCCUGUUGGCUCUCAGCUCUCUCGCACUGGUCUUCUUCAUCAUCAGAAGGAAGUCAGCUGCCAAUCAGGAUCAGGGAGCUGUGGAGGGUGAGGUGGAACAAAAGAUGAGUCGUCCUGAUGUCAUCUUCAGCAGCAUCCAGCUGCCCGAGGAGCAGGACGUCAGCUACGCCUCCGUCCAGUUCAAACACCAGACACAGGCACAGACCAGAGCGGUGGUGGAGGCAGACGACGCCCUCGUGUACGCGUCUGUAGUCAUCAGAGGCCGAGGCCACACGUCAGCAUCCAGCUGCUCUGGGGCCUCAGGGAACUUCACUGCUCCACAAGGGAAAUGUGCUGCUGGGCCCCAUCGUACAGGCCAGGUGCAUUGUGGUCCUUCAGACUGUAGAGCAGCUGCUGGAUUUGACGAUUGAGAUGAUGAACAUGAUGAUGAGGAGCCUGUGGUUGUUUUCAGUUUCCUUAUAAAUAAAGAUCAGUGUGAAACAGGA